GGUCGCGUCCCCUUUAAGCGGUGUUGGGUGUAGGCUGUAAAACUGAGGGGGAAGCUAAAGAGUCAAGAGGAGGUAAACAGAAAGCUACUUUGAAGAAAAUCUAAAAUAAGACCGUCACCGUGCUGAAAGGUACGCUUUUUUACACCAACUCGACCAAAUAGGCUGAUUUUAUUUUUAUUAAAACCUUGAGAAAGUCUGAGGUGUUUAACCUCAGUGUGAGAAUAAUAAAUGCGAUGUGAGACAUUUAAGGUGGAGUAGGUUUGAGUUCCAUCUAAAUAUAUCAUUUCACUUUAAAGUGCUUCAUUACAGCUUGUGAAGUUCACUGCUUGGCUCACUUUUUAAAAAUAAUGCCUGACUUUUUUGUAAUCUGUUGAUUCUGGUGUCUCUGUUGUUAAUUCUUUUCAUACAACAGAGGCAGUGUUACAGUUACAGGUGUAAACUUCCGGUGAAGAUGAUGCCCCCUAUGUGACCCAAGCUUGUGUUUCAGUUUCAGCUAAGAAAAUUACCCCUAUUACAAUUCACAUAUCUACAACGUUUUGUUUUCUCCCUUUUUGAGAGGUCCACUAUCUGCUUGAUAGAGAAGUAGAGAUGUAACCAUAUUUAUAGAAAAGGCUGAAUUGUCAAUUAAAUGUUCUCAGUUUCAAACACUUUGUUAGAGAAAUCAAGUUGACUGAAAAUAAAUGCACAAUGUUAUAGUUGCAGCCAUGAAAUUAUUAUUUGCAAAAACAAUAAAGUUUAUGAAUUUGAACAUUAAAUAUCUUGUCUUUGUAGUGUAUUCCAUUGAAUAUAGCUUGAAAGGGGUUUGCAAAUCAUUCUAUUCUGUUUUUAUUUACGUUUAUCACAAUUUUCCCAACUUUAAUGGAAUUGGGUUUUGUACAAAUCUAGAUUCAAUGCGUUAUACUUUACCUUUUUGUUAAAAUCUGAGAGGGUGGUUCUGCCCUGCAUGUAACUGUGUGAUCUGUGAUGUUUCAGGCUGCUGAGGCUGGUGGGCUGAAUGUGGUCGUCAUGGUGAACAAUGUUUCGGAAAGUCAAGAAGCGCCACAGCAGCAGUAGCUCGCAAAGCAGUGAGAUCAGCACCAAAAGCAAAGUACAACAGCACAAACACGUACAUUAACACAGAAAUAAAAGUGAUCAAGUAGCUGCUUUUGUCCUGAUCAAGUUUUACCAGUUUGCUUUUUUGUCUGUUUGUUUCUGACUUGCUUUAGUCUGUGGACUCCAGUUUGGGUGGGCUCUCCAGAUCCAGCACUGUCGCCAGCCUCGACACUGACUCCACUAAGAGCUCAGGUCAGACUCUAAUCUCUUGUCUCCAUCGCUCUUCUAGUCUUCCUUCUUUAUUAAACAUUUGUUGGAGUCACACAGAAAUAAAGGUUGGGACUGAUAUCAGGGGUAAAAUAACUUCUAAAAUGAGAAGAAACAUGGGUGCUUUUUUAUGUAGGCACCCCUAAAAGCACACAGUAACAGGUUUAGACAAAAUAAAGGCUGUCAUAAAGAUUUCACAAAUUAUAAUUAGUCCUCUUUUUAAUGAUUGUUUUACAUAAUUUCUCUUUACAGGUAAUAGCACAUCUGAAACAUGUGCUGAGUUCAGGGUCAAAUAUGUGGGAGCUAUUGAGAAGCUGCAGUUCAACAUGAGCAGGACCCUGCAGGAGCCUUUGGACCUCAUCAACUACAUUGAUGCUGCUCAGGUCAGAGACUAGAAAGAAACAAAAGGGAAUAAUCCAGUCUGCAAUGAUGGAUUUGAUGAUGCUGUAAUUUUUUCUCUGCUUAUACAGCAAGAUGGAAAGCUGCCUUUUGUGCCUGGAGAGGAAGAGAUGGUUCUUGGAGUGUCAAAGUAUGGAGUCAAAGUGGCCUCACUGGACCAGUGUGUGAGUAGAAAAGCACUAAAACAUCAAAGCGUUAAAUUAAGCAUCGGUUUUUGUUCUUGAUAUGAUUUUAUUUUGCAUAGCCACUGACCUGCAUGUUGCUUCUACAUUACCAGUCUGAUCUUAGCUAAUGCAGGAUGAGCUGAUCUGGUAUACUAAGAUUCAAAACCUUAUCUUUCAAUCUUUCACACAAACUAUCAACAAAGCAGUCAAAAACGAAGUGCUGUGUUUUGCCUCUCUGGACAGGACGUACUGCAUCGCCAUCCUCUCUACCUGAUUGUGCGCAUGCUUUGCUACGAUGACGGCCUGGGUGCAGGGAAGAACCUCCUUGCUCUGAAAACCACUGAUGCACAACAGGAGGAGUGCAGCAUCUGGGUGUAUCAGUGCAGCAGCUCAGUGAGUGUGAUCAAACAGUUUGAGGUUUUUCCUUCCAGUCAAUAAAUGCUGUUAAUUUCACGAUCAUCUGUCCGAACAGGAGCAGGCUCAGUCCAUCUGCAAGGUGCUGUCAGCUUCUUUUGACUGCGUUUUGACGUCGGACAAAUCCUGAAGCCAGUAGAGUAUACCGGAGCUUUAAUGUUUCCAGACAGAAGGAAGAAACAACUGCAAAUCAGCACACAACCAUGAGAACAACAUGUGCAAUCAUUUCCCCUUUUUUGAGCUGUGUUUCCUUUUGGAAGAGAAAGCUGCUGUUUUUUCCACCAAGCAGGAAAAAAAAUCUUGAUUCAAACAUUUAAAAAAAAAAAAAUCAGAAUCUGUUCAUCAUGAUUCUCCAGAGACACUGUGAAUUUGUCUGAAUCAUUUUCUUUGGCUCUCUUGUUUUCAUUUCAUGUUUUAUCUUUUACAUCAUUUCAGAAGCAAUGAAAGGAAAAAAAGGAAAAAGGGAAAUGAUUGCAAUUUUCUGCAACGAAAUCUGUCUGAACAUAUUUUAUUAUAAUGGUACUUAAUGUAAAACCUCACUUUUGAACCGUGUCAGGAUCCGGUCUUAAACAGGAGACAGUAGCAUCAACAGGAAAAAAACAAGGUACUCACAUAUAUCGUAAUGGAGACCAACUGCAGUGUAAGUAUUAACACGCUCACGUGUGUUUUGUCGUGUUUCAAACAUACAGAAUUGGUACAGCAGCACUCAAAACUUCGACACAUCACACAAAAGUGCUUAUUUUUUUCACCUGUCUGAGCAGACUUACCUUUUUCUGUUCUCUUUUAUUGUACUAUGUUAAAAUGUCUUAGUGUUGAUACUUUCUUGGUACCAAAAGCUUGAAGUUUUCUCUGAUAUUUUUAUGUUGUUUUUGAAACAAUCCAUUACACUUGCUAAAACCACGUAAAUGACAGUGUUCUGUUGAAAGAUUUGAAGAAGAGUCAUGUUUACACUCUUGGUACUAACUUGACAUCACUUUGUACAAAUUAUUAACCAUGCUCUCCUUUUUUUUUAAAAAUCUCUUCUUAAUAUUAAGAGUGAUGUGGAGAUGUGUGACAAGAAAAUAAUCGCGUGUGAUUUGGUACGUGAACUGAGUGGAGUGCCUUUUUGGGUUUUAAUAAAAAAUGUCGUUUCUAAACUUUGGA